AAAAGGGAUUCCGGAAAGUUCAGUUGCAGUGACGUCGCCGGAGGAAAAAAAAACAAAAGAUGUCCCGAAUCGAUUUUUGUCCUACAUCCUAGAAAAUUUCCCCCAAAAAGUAUGUUUUUUCACCCCAAAUGUGGCCAAAAAGUGAUUUUGAGUGAGAAUAAUACACGCGCAACACGCCGCAAGAGUGAAUUUGACCACGGACUGUGCCUGAGUGCUAAUCCUCUGCAGGACGACAAACUCUUUGAGAUUCGCAUUGUUGAAAAGAUUCACGUUUGGAGCGGUAGUUUGGAAAUUGGAGUAACUUCUGUGCCGCCAGAACAUUUUGAUCAGCUGCCAGCUUGCACCACAAAGCUGCGUCUUGGUACCUGGCUUAUGUCAGGAUGCUCUGUGCUGAAGGACACCGUGACUAUCGUUGAAUUCUAUGGUAUUGACUUGGAAAGCCUCAAUGAGGAUGAUCGUGUUGGUGUUGUGAAGAGUUCGGAUGGGGAACUAAUUUUCUAUGUGAAUGGAAUUUCACAGGGUGUCGCCGCAACUGGACUUCCCCGGACUCUCUACGCCCUCGUUAAUCUCUACGGAAAGUGUGUGGAGGUGGUGAUUAAUUCACCGACCACAGCAACUUGUGAGUGCCAGCCAUUGACUGAUAAUACCCUUGUUACUCAAAACAUUGAUAUCCCGAUGUCUGUUGACGUGUGUGUGAGUCCUCCGCCGGGAUCGACGGCAUGUGCAGAGGCUGUUGACAUGAAUGAUCGUCUACGCUUUCACACGCGCUGUGGAAGCCUUGUAAAACUCAGUUCAAACUCUCGGACAGCCGAACGUCGCCGUCCACUGGAUGAGUUCAACAAUGGUGUCGUGAUGACGCAUAGGCCAUUGAGGGAUAAUGAACUGUUUGAGAUUCGUAUCGAUAAACUCGUGGAUAAGUGGUCAGGGUCAAUUGAAGUCGGUGUAACAACUCACAAUCCCGGCGCCCUGCACUUUCCGGCUACAAUGACAAACAUGCGUUCGGGUACGAUUAUGAUGUCUGGUUGUGGGAUCCUCACGAAUGGGAAGGGUACCCGCCGGGAAUAUGGAGAGUUCAAUUUGGAUGAGCUGCGAGAGGGAGAUCGUGUUGGCAUGAUGCGUAAGUCCAAUGGAAAUUUGCACUAUUUCAUCAAUGGACGGGAUCAGGGAUGUGCUGCCACGAAGGUGGCUCAGAUUCUCUGGGGUGUCAUCGAUCUCUACGGGAUGACCAUCAAAGUUACCAUUGUGGAUAGGGAUGAGCGUGAGCAGCAGAAUCUCGUCACCAGGCGCAAUAAUCUGGCAUCACAGAAUACAAAUGCCGGAAGUACUGGAAAUGCAGCUGUUGAGGCUGUUUCUAAUGUCACAGAUAACCCAUCGGUAGCCCUUGAUCUUGAAGCUCUCCCAACGGACAGGCUCACCUUUCACCCAAUCUGCGGAUCACACGCUACAGUGACGCAUAGUGGACGUACAGCAUUGAGACCCAACGCUUCCGAUGACUUUAACAAUGGCGUCGUCCUGACCAGAAGGCCUUUGAGACCCAAUGAGUUGUUCCAAGUUCGUCUGGAAAGGGUUGUUAGUAAAUGGGCUGGUUCAAUUGAGAUGGGAGUUACUACUCACAGUCCCACUGAACUGGAAUUUCCCUUUACGAUGACAAAUGUGCGCUCGGGGACGUGGAUGAUGACAGGGAAUGGUGUGAUGCAGAAUGGAACUACUGUUAUUGAGCAAUAUGGCCAGAAUCUGGACAGACUUCAGGUAGGUGAUCGUGUGGGUGUUGUCCGAAAGGACGAUGGAGUGUUGCACUUCUAUGUGAACAGCAUGGAUCAGGGACCAGCAGCCACGGGAGUCCCAGAGAAAGUUUACGGGGUGAUUGAUUUGUAUGGUCAAGCAGCUCAAGCGAGUAUUGUGGAUACAUCGGAAGUGGGAAGUCCGGACACGGGCAACUCAACAAUUUCCAAUACAACACUGUAUAGUAGUGAACCAAGAUUGAGAUUCCAUCAGGUGCAUGGGAGGAAUGCUAGAAUAUCAAAUGGUGGCUUCACGGCGAGUCGUCCGAAAGCUCUGGCUGAAUUCAAUGGAUCAAUUGUGUUUAGCAAUCGACCAUUGAGGCAGCGGGAGGUGUUUGAAGUGGUGCUGGAGAAUAUGAUUGAUCACUGGACAGGGAGCAUUGAGAUUGGGGUGACGGGUGCCAGGCCGGAUGAGGUGAGCUUACCCAGUACGGCAACAGACCUCAGUCACGAUACUUUAAUGUUGUCUGGGAGUUCCCUAAUCUACAAUGGUGUGACUGUCCGUAAUGGAUUGAUCCCCUUUGAUUUGGAUACAUUGGCUACUGGUGCCAGGAUUGGGGUGAUGAGAAAUGGGGAUUUUAUCCAUUUUAUGAUAGAUGGAGUUGAUCAGGGUCCAGCUUAUGAGCUGCGAACGUCAAAUUUGUACGCCGUUAUUGAUCUCUAUGGGCAAUGUGCUCAGGUGAGCAUCUCUACGCCACAACUCGAUAUCCGAGCACCAUAUGCCACUAGUGAAAAUUCCCAGAGCCUCCAGGCUACGUCGGUGAUUCAGCCGGCGUUGGAGGCCAAACAUCGGUGGUCAUGCAUCUCGGGAAAUAUCUCCCUGUCUCAAAACUGGACAAUGGCCAAUCGCUGUGUUAAUGCUGCUGCUGCUCUCUCACAUGGAUUGGCCUUUUCGGAGCAUCCUCUAGCUGUUGGGGAGCAAUUUGAGAUUAAGAUCACGGAGAUCAAUCAAAUGUAUGCUGGAAGCUUGAAGUUCGGCGUAACGGAUCUCAAUUUGACGGAUGAACAUGUUCGAAAGAAUAUACCAAGUACGAUCAAGAGGAUUCCAGCUAAUGUCUGGUAUGUCUCGUGCAAUGAAGUAAGGCACAAUGGUGGCUUGAUCAAUAGAUCAUUGGCCUCUCUGGAAUGGCUUCGAGUGGGAGAUCGUCUAACGCUGGAAUUGACUCCGGCGAGGACUCUGCAUGUUCUCCUGAAUUCCGAAGACAUGAACAUAACUUUCCAUGGAGUUUCAACGGAUGUUUACGCAGUGGUAGAGCUGAUUGGCUCAACAAUGGCUGUACAGGUGAUUUCUCGGUCCCAAGGUGCUUCUUCCCCACUUCGACCUUGUAGCUUGCGUCUCCAGGAUUCCCUGGAAUUUGGCGUGGAUCCAUUAAACAAGCAAGAUUCAAUGUUGGAGUCUCUAGACUCGGAUAUGCUGGCAUUUGAAUUUGCUGAGUUGCAUGGGAAGAAUGUGCAGCUAUCGGAAGACAGGAAGAGUGCCUGGAGGACUCAGGGGUACAACAAUGGGGUGGUUUUUGUCAAUAAACCACUGUGCAAGGGUCAAAGUGUCAGUAUACGCGUGGAAGAGAUUUCGCCAAACUGGAAAGGGACAAUUUUGGUUGGUGUUGUGGGAGUUUGUCCGACAUCAAGUCAUCUGCAGAUUCCUCAAAGUGCCAUCAAUAUGAAGCGACCCUGUUGGAUAUUUGCUGAAGACUACGUCAAUAUCAAUGAGAAUAAGAUGCAAUCGUCCUAUGCAGCUGUUCUGGAAAAUAUCCAGAGAGGAAGUGUCAUUACACUUCUCAAUCAUGCUGGAAGUCUCAUCCUCAUGGUAAAUUCAACUACGUUGGAAGAAUUGGCAACAGGAUUGCCUCAUCAUGUUUAUCCGGUAUUUGAUAUUUAUGGGAAGUGUGAGAAAAUUUCCUUGGUAAAUGCUGAAAUUAUGCGCAAUGGAAGUCCUUUCAACGAGGAGGCUUCCCUACAGAAUACCCUUGAAGCUACAGGGCCAGAAUCUGAAUCCAAUGUGCCACAGUGUGAAAAGGCAGAUCUGGAGGUGCAUGAGAAGGAAACAGAGACUUCGCUGCCGCCAAUAAAUGCUCCUGGAAGUUCUUCAAUGACCAGAUCUGUGAUGGAAAGUGUAUCUGAGAAUCUCCUGAUGAACAUCUCCAUCAAGAAUCGCUCAAUGGAAGCCAGGAAUGACUUGACAAAUUCCUGCUGUCUCCGAGAAUCUCUGCAGCUGCAGCAUUCGACAAAUCUCAAUAUUCAACGCAGUCAGAGUACUCAGAGAUUUCACAAUCAAGAAGAUACAACCAGAGCCUAUUUUGAGCCACCAGAGGCAGCAGCACCUGAAGUUAACAACGAUUCUAACUAUUUGGAGGUGGAAGUAGAGGAAAAUCGAACGGAAGUUCAGGCAGAUUCACCGGGAAGUUCAGCUGGAGCAGUUGGCGGUCAAAGAUCAGCUAAUAAUUUCAUCAUUGAUCUGGAUACACUGCUCACGGACAAUCGAGAUUGUGAAUAUAGGAAGAUGGUUAGUGAGUUCAAGAAGACUCUGGUACUUCCAGAUGCCUUCUUCAGCUACGACUAUCCCACGUGCUAUUGCGCUGACUGCGCCAUAACACCGCUGGCUUUCGUGGUGAGGGGAUGGGUGAGAUUCAAGUUGAAUCAGGAGACGUGCAAUUCAGGAGGAUUGAGCACUGAAUGCACAGACUGGACAACGGCCUUUUACCUCAGUCGUGUGGACAGAAUUCGGCCAAUUCUUGAUCGAGGGCAUUUACUUCCACUGGAUUCCAAUGAACCGAGUGUGGCUCAGUCACAGAAAGAUGAUUCUGGUCCUGGGAAGCAUAUAAUACUCAGUGCUACACCAAAUGUUGUUCCGAUAUUUGCUAAACACACGUUCACUUUGGGAAAUACUCGUGUGGCGACUUCUUUUGAGGUCCGGGUGCGCACUCAGAGUCUCUGUGGGUAUAAGGAGGAGGAUGAGGAGGAAGAUAACAGUCCGGAAGAUGAGGAGAAACUUCCAACUGAUCGUCAAGUGGUGCAACUGUGGACAACCAAAGAAGCAGGAGCAUGCAUCAUAACUGCACUUUUGCUGAAAAUUGACUCAACUGGGCCGACUGGAUGCUAAAAAUCAAAAGAAAAAUACCAUUAUUAGUGAUCUCAAGAUAAAAGUUUAAUCGCUAUGAA